UUGUUUUUAAAGCGUAUAGUUUACUCCGAUUUUCACAUAAUAUGCUAGUAGGGGAUUCUGUCGUCGUUCUGUCGGAGCAUGGCUGAGAAUGACGUUGAGAAUGAGCUGUUGGACUACGAGGAGGACGAUGAGCCGCAGGCAGCCCCGGAGAACGCAGUUCCCGCCGGAAAGAAGGAGGUGAAGGGGUCGUACGUCUCCAUUCACAGCUCUGGCUUCAGAGACUUUCUGCUCAAACCGGAGCUUCUCCGUGCCAUUGUGGAUUGCGGCUUUGAGCAUCCAUCAGAGGUCCAGCAUGAGUGCAUCCCACAGGCCAUUCUGGGUAUGGACAUUCUGUGCCAGGCCAAGUCUGGUAUGGGGAAGACGGCAGUAUUCGUGCUGGCCACUCUGCAGCAGAUCGAGCCUGUGGACGGACAGGUCUCGGUGCUGGUGAUGUGCCAUACCCGCGAGCUAGCGUUCCAGAUCAGCAAGGAGUACGAGCGCUUCUCCAAGUACAUGCCGACGGUGAAGGCGGCGGUGUUCUUCGGCGGCCUCUCCAUCAAGAAGGACGAGGAAGUUCUGAAGAAGAACUGCCCCCACAUCGUGGUGGGCACCCCGGGCCGCAUCCUCGCCCUCAUCCGCAACAAGACCCUCAACCUCAAGAACGUCAAGCAUUUCGUACUGGACGAGUGUGACAAGAUGCUGGAGCAACUGGACAUGAGGCGCGAUGUGCAGGACAUUUUCCGGCUGACGCCCCAUGAGAAGCAGUGCAUGAUGUUCAGCGCCACUCUCAGCAAGGAGAUCCGACCCGUCUGCCGCAAGUUCAUGCAGGACCCGAUGGAGGUGUUUGUGGAUGAUGAGACCAAGCUGACUCUCCACGGCCUGCAGCAGUACUACUGCAAGCUGAAGGACAGCGAGAAGAACCGCAAGCUGUUUGACCUUCUGGACGUCCUGGAGUUCAACCAGGUGGUGAUCUUUGUGAAGUCAGUGCAGCGCUGUGUGGCUCUGUCCCAGCUGCUGGUGGAGCAGAACUUCCCUGCCAUUGCCAUCCACAGGGGCAUGGCCCAGGAGGAGAGGCUGUCUCGGUACCAGCAGUUCAAGGACUUCCAGCGGCGGAUCCUCGUGGCCACCAACCUGUUUGGCCGCGGGAUGGACAUCGAGCGGGUCAACAUCGUCUUCAACUACGACAUGCCCGAGGACUCCGACACCUAUCUUCACAGGGUUGCUCGUGCAGGCAGGUUUGGGACAAAGGGCCUGGCUGUGACCUUUGUGUCCGAUGAGACAGACGCCAAGACCCUGAAUGAUGUGCAGGACCGAUUCGAGGUCAACGUGGCAGAGCUACCAGAAGAGAUAGACAUCUCGACCUACAUUGAACAGUCCAGAUGAGUUAUCCAGUCCAGUGAAGAUUUCCCCCACCCCUCUUUCCUGGUGUAUUUUUUUUCUUUUUAGGGGGAAGCAAGCCUGAAUGUUUUGUUUUAAAGCCCCUAUAUUCUUACUGUUCCCAUGUGUAACUUUUAUUUUAUUGUAUCUCUGGUGGGGUGACCAGUUUUAUUUUGUCUUAAUCGUGAUGAUUUUGGUUAAUGCAAUUAAAACUUUUUAUACAAUG